AACGGGAGUGGGAUGGAAUAGCGCGAAGUUGUGUUGCAUCGUCGCGUCGUACCGCGUUUAUUCGCAUCUUCUUCGUCGUCCCGUACGUAUUUUCAACGCGAGCGAACGUCGGGAAUGCCGAAAAUGAAGUGUCGUGCGAAUUCGUCAAGUGCGCGAACCAGUGUGACGAGUGAAAGACGUGCGAGGAUUUCGGAUCGAACGGGAGUUGCGGCCAACGAACGGCUAGACGAGACGACCAGCCGCGCAGUUAUGGUGAGUCAAAUUGUUUGUGGAUUCGUAUAUUUUACUGUCUACUCGCUCCUCAUGGAGGAGCGAGUGUUCGCGUCUCGUCCUGUUCGCGCCCGGACAGAUCGUUGAGACGAGAAGUGAGUCGAUCGCGCGAAAGCAUUAGGGGACAGGAACGAUUUUGAAGUUGUCCCGUAUACGCGUAUUACGCGCGUUAGGCGGCGCUCACAGUGAACGUCGUCAGGAGUACCAACUCUCGGGUGACGAAUUCCACGGAGAGUAGAAGAGUGUACUUCACAUUGUGCGAAUAGCAAACUUUUGUCGUAUCGCCUUCCUCUUCUCUUGCUCCGUGACGAACUCCGCGAAUCUAAUGGUUAGAUUCUAACCUCAAUUCCACCGAGCGGAAUUGUAAACACAAAUGCGCACGUUGCGUGAAUCGCGGCGUACCGGCUCUCAAAACUGGUAUUUAAUUUUGAUAUAUCUUACGAUGUAUCUUAUCGUGAGGUUAAACGUCUGUUAAAUGUGCGAUCACAACGGCGAUACAUUCUUCCGCGAUUCAACAGGGCAUUGAAAACUGGUUAGGUUCAGUUAACCAAGACGCGUCGCGAAGAUGCGUUUGACGUGGCAUCAGUUUUGUUAAAAUAACGUCGAUUUUUUAAUUAAAAUUUACCGACUCUUGUGAAAACUUUACAAAAGUCAUGGGCUUCGUGUCUCACUUCGGUCACACGAGACCGAGCUACAAGAUAUUCCUGGUUUCCACGUUGAUUAUAUUCUUUUCGAGUACCGUAUCGCUUUUUCUGUACCUGAAUCGCAUUCAGUCGGAUUAUUUCAUCGACGAGGCUUUCCACAUACCUCAGACGUUGCGAUACUGUGCGGGAAACUUUACGCAGUGGGAUCCUAAAAUCACCACGUUGCCAGGCUUGUACAUUAUCACCACCGCGAUAUUAUCGCCCUUUCGCCUGUGUGACGUCACGUACAUGAGAUGUAUAAAUUUACUUGGGACGUGCAUAAACCUCUAUCUCCUUUAUAAGAUUAGGAAGAAUUUUUGCAAGUCUAAUGAGACUGAUCGGUGGGACGAUUGGUCGAUACUCGCGUCGACGUACAAUCUCACCCUCUUCCCGCCACUGUACUUUUGGUGCUUUUUUUAUUACACGGACGUCGUGUCCGUGAACGUGGUGCUCUUGAUGUUUUACCUGCACCAACGUGAGCGCACGAUGAUGACGGCCCUCGCAGGUUUGCUAGCCGUCCUCGUCCGUCAGACAAACAUCAUUUGGCUUGGUUUCCUUACUAUAGAACGCACAUUAGAUAUAUUCGAUCGCAGGAUGGAACAACCCGUGCCACUCGGAGUGCUUGCUACUCCGUCGCACUUUCGCUUAAUUUGGAAGCAGGUAACGUACGAGUUGCGCCUAGGUCCGCUGCCCUUCGUCAGGUUCGUCGCGCAGGUGUGCGGCGGUCUGCUCCCCUACCUGACGGUGUGCCUCGCGUUCGUCGGGUUCGUCGCGUGGAACGGCGGCAUCGUGAUCGGCGACCGUUCCGCCCACGUCGCCACGAUUCACCUCUGCCAGAUACUCUACUUCUCCGCUUUCGCCUCUCUGUUCUCGUGGCCGUACGUGGUGCCCCAUCUGCGAGCGUGUACGCGGUUCCUUCGCCGGCAUUGGGCACUCGCGGGCUGCGCCGUCGCCGCGAUGCUCGCGACUAUACGCUUCAACACGCUCGUACAUCCGUAUGUCCUGGCCGACAAUCGGCACUACUGGUUCUACGUGUGGAACCGAUUCAUGGGUCGGCAUGAGGUGUUCAGGUAUCUGCCACUACCGGUAUACGGCGCGAGCCUGUUCGCCAUGUCGCGGAACUUCACUCACCUGAGGUUCCUCACGCAGAUUAAUUACGUUAUCUGCGUAUGCCUAGUGCUGAUCCCUCAACUGCUGAUGGAACCGCGUUAUUUUAUUUUGCCGUAUGUAUUUUACCGUUUACACAUGAAAAGGCCAAAGAGGUGGCAGGUCUACUGCGAAUCGCUCACGAUCCUCGCGAUCAAUUGCCUGCAGUUUAUCAUUUUUGCCAGCAAAGUGUUCUACUGGGAGGAUCAGCCCUACGCCCAGCGGAUUUCAUGGUGACGUUUACCACGAGUACAAAUGUACGAAAUAAAAAGGAAAUUCCAUCUCCACAAAGUAUUCGACGUCUUCCUGCGCAUUUCCUCUUCCACGCGUGGUGAUGUCGUUGUUAAGAAAAACGAGACUUUAAAAAAUAGGAUAUUAAAAGAUAGAGAUAUAAUUAUUUCGAACAAUAGUUUAUUUAUUGUUCACAACUGAAACUUGUGGCAAAUUUGCUAGAUGUUUUGUACAGCAAUGGCUUGUCGAUUUGUAAUUUCAUGGUGUAUAUCAACGUCAGCGCACAAUAUAUUAAACGUGUUCGAUCGCUGGUUUGACUUUGAAAA